AUGGGCAUCAGCAAAGCAGACAUGACGAGCAAACAUGCAGGAGAGGACCACCUCGCGGCGGUCCUCCCUCCAGGUCCUGCAUGGUACAAGCAGCCUCACUUGGUGCGGCUCAACCUCAUCAUUCUCUCAUUGGUUAUGUUCUCGUCCGCCAACGGCUAUGACGGAUCUCUCAUGAACGGUCUUGAGGCCUUGGACCAGUGGAAGGCCUUUAUGAACAAUCCUACCGGAGCAAGGCUGGGCUGGCUGAAUGCCAUCUACUGGCUUGGCUGCGGCAUUGGUUACCCAACUGCAGCCUGGAUUUCCAACCGGUAUGGCCGCAAGCCAGGCGUCUACAUCGGAUAUCUCUUCUUGACGCUGGGCUGCGUCCUCCAGACUGCUGCUCCCAAUGUAGUUGCGUUUAUGCUUGCUCGGCUCUUUCUGGGGGGUGCGUCUGCCCUGUUCGGUAAUGCCGUUCCUCUGCUCAUCAACGAGAUCGCCUACCCGACUCACCGCGGCAUGCUCAACUCGCUGUUCAUGUCCGGCUGGUAUGUCGGUGGGACUGUCGCUGCUUGGGUCGUCUUUGCCUCUCGUACCUACGACUCUUCCUGGGCUUGGAGACUCCCUUCUGUCCUCCAAGCCCUAGUGCCCGUCGUUGGACUGCCGGGGUUCCUCCUGGCCCCGGAAAGUCCUCGCUGGUUGAUCUCGGUAGGACGCAACGAAGAGGCCCGGGCAAUCCUUACCCGCUAUCACGCUGCUGGCGACGAGACCUCUCCCCUUGUGGCAUAUGAAUUUUCCGAGAUCAGUUCCACCAUCCGAGCGGAACAAGAAGCCCACAGCAGUGCCAGCUACAUAGAGAUGGUAAAGACACCGGGAAACCGCUGGCGCCUGAUGAUCUCUAUCACUCUGGGAUUAUUUGCGCAGUGGUCUGGCAACGGAGUGGUCUCGUAUUACCUGUCGCUCAUCCUGGACUCGGUUGGAGUCACCAGUGUCCGUGACCAGACGCUCAUCUCGGCCUGUCUGCAAAUGUGGGAUUUGAUUUUCGCUGCCCUGGGAGCGUUCCUGAUCGACCGACUCGGUCGCCGCCCGCUGUUCCUGGCCUCGGCGGUCAUCAUGUUCGUCAGCUACGUGAUGGUGACAGCGCUCUCGGGAUCUUUCAAGGCGACCAAUAACGCGGCCACGGGGGCUGCUGUAAUUCCGUUCUUGUUUAUCUUCUUUUCAGGAUAUUGCAUUGCUCUCACACCUUUUCUUACCUCGUAUCCCUGCGAAAUCUGGCCGUUCCGACUACGAUCCCGCGGUCUGACAGUCACCUGGGUGGCGACGAUUGUCGGCAUGUUUUUCAAUACGUUUGUGAACCCGAUUGCCCUGGACGCGAUUGAGUGGCGGUAUUACAUUGUGUUUAUUGUGGUGUUGGUGCUGUUCGGAGUGACUGCGUUCUUCUUCUACCCAGAAACAAAGGGAUACACGUUGGAGCAGGUCGCAGUGAUCUUUGAUGGGCCAGGGGUAGAGAGGGGAGAAGAUGAAGAGAAGAAAGUGGAUAGUGUGCAUGAGGAGAGUGUAACUAGUCCCUGA